AUGGUUCCCUUGCAAAAAAUUUCUACUUUUUCACAACCUCCACCAAGUAACACCAACUUGUACCCAAACAAUUCCCACCAUUUUCAACAUCAUCCCUUUAAUGGGGAAAACUAUCACCCUGGUUUUGUUGUGGAAGUUCCUUCCUCCAUCAACAAAAUCUCAAUGAUCCCAACCCCUCAUUCGAUUGAUUCAUACCAGACUGCACUUAUCAACGAGCCAAUGAAAGACUUUUCCAACACCUGCUACCCCAUUGCAUUUGCACAGAAUAAAAGCAAAAUUGAAGCCAUGCAUGGUUGCCUUAACAAUGGCAAGGGAAUCUUGGAUUUUCCCCAAAAAAUCCCUUUUCAGUCUGGGGAAUAUUCACAACCUCAGAUGGGCCCUUCUCUAUCACCAUCACUACUUUCACAUGAUUCGGCUCAUAUGAAGCCUAGGCUUCAAACUGAGGAUUUAAGCAUCAUUGGAACUGCAAAUUUCCAACAGGAUAUUGGUCAAAACGUUGUUGCUGGUGGUAGAAUGCUACAGAAGAAGAGGCCAAAGAAGAGCAGUGAAAUUCAGCACAAGGCAACUCCUAACAUAAUCAAAGGCCAAUGGACUCCAAAGGAGGAUGGGACUCUUAUCGAAUUGGUGAAACGCUUUGGGCUUAAGAAAUGGUCUGAGAUUGCUAAGCUACUGGGUGGCAGAAUUGGAAAACAAUGCAGAGAGAGAUGGUACAAUCAUCUCCGAGAAAACAUUAAGAAAGACUCAUGGAAUGAAGAGGAAGACAAAAUACUCAUUGAUGCUCACAAGGAAGUUGGGAACAAGUGGGCAGAAAUUGCAAGGAGAUUGCCGGGGAGGACUGAGAACACUAUCAAGAACCAUUGGAAUUCGACAAAGCGGCGUCUAAAUGGCAAGAGACAAAAGAAUAGGCGCAAUGGUGGUGCUAAGGGAACAUUGCUUCAGGACUAUAUUAAGGAACUCGUUGCAGCUGGACAUGCUAAAUUAAAGGAAUCGAAGAAGUCCAUGAAACAGGUGAAUAUGAGGAAUGAUUACAAUAAUCAUGACAGUGGUCACAUUCAUAUUCAUUAUGAGAAUUCAGAGGGUGACUUUAGCUUUGAAGAUGUGGCUACUCAAGAUGAAGCUGGUGGGUAUGUGCCAAUGAUGUUCAAUGCUGAUGAAAUAGCAAGGGGGUCUGCAGUGGAACAUAUCACAAUGGAUUAUGAUGUUGCAACAGAGUUUGUGCCAGAGGUCCCAAUGAAGAAGGAAAUGGAUAUGAUUGAGAUGAUCUAUGGAAAUCCUUAUAGUGGUUACAUGGAUUGACCCAUGAUUAGAUGUGAUUUUGUGCUGAUCUAUUCUCUUUCGUUGAACUGUGUUGUGUUUUCAUCAUGAACUUAUUGUAAUUUUAUUUAGGUACAUCGUGGUUGUUAUUGGUUUGUAUUGUGAUGUUUGACUAUAUUUUAGCCAUAUGGUGUGGCUAAACUUAUGUUUAUCUUGCU